UAAACCGCGAUAGUUUUCUUUCUCUUCUCUAUCUUCUGCAUUUUUCAGCUAACGUAAACGUAUAUUUGUUUUUACGUCGGAUCAUAUGUGUCCGUAGUUGUUUUUAUCCUUAGUUAAUUAAAUUCCUUUACUACCAGCCUGUGUUUUGUGACUUCUACCUGUUGACUUAUACUCGCAUCAUUUUAGGAUUACAAAAACAGAGUUCUCUUUUAAUUGCGACAAAGAAUGAAACCAAAACUCAGCUUAUCGUAGGAUAACAACACAGAUAAUGAUUUACUGUGAAUUCCUCGUGAAAGGUGUGUGAUUGCUAGUGAUGCCGAAUAUACCUCUCAAUCGUAAUACCAUCACGCGGUUUUGUAAUUCAUACGCUAUGAUAUUUGGACGUAGAGCGACGACCGCUGAAGCUGACGAACAGUGGAAAGGUGAAAAAUGCCUUAGUACAAUGCGCCAGUCUUUUCAUAGGGCUUUGACUACCUGUAAGGCCCCUUUGCCUCCAGGGAAGAAGUACGUUGCCGUCCAGUUUCUGACCAAAGAGCUUCUUUUUUAUGUUGUGGAUGCUAAAGGAAAAGGGCAAGAAGUUUUUGAUGAAGCAAGCAAGCACCUGGGCCUUAUUGAUGCUGAGUUGUUUGGAUUGGCAUUUUACCAAGAUGGUGAAUACAUAUUUAUUGACUUGAAUUUAAAAGUGUCAAAAUAUGCAGUAAGAAGCUGGAAAACUCAUAGCAAUGGCAUUGGAGGAGAUGGACAUCCACUCUUAAUAUUGCAUAUGAGAAUAAAGUAUUACGUAGAUUGCCAUCUAUUAAUCAAUGAGAAAGUUGUCCGUCACCAUUAUUACUUGCAAUUAAGAGAGAAUGUGAAAAACUACUCACAACCUCUUAGUGAAGAAAAGUCCUUUGUGUUGGCUGCUUUAGCUCUUCAAGCUGAUCUUGGGAAUUUUAGUGAAGAAAAGCACAAAAAUCGUUAUUUUGAAAUUGGAAAUUAUUUUCCACCAUGGAUUAUAAAGAAGAUAGGGGAAGAGUUUAUAAUCAAGAAUAUUCCUGCUCUACAUAAAGAUAAUGCUGGAUUGAGUCGAGGGGAAGCCCAAGUUGGUUAUAUAAAAGAAGCCUCUGAUGUAACUGCACCUCAUAACUUGCAUUUCUAUAAAAUGAGAAGAAAAAAGGGAAAAGUUAUUUGCCAGGUUUUUCUUGGUAUCAGUGACAGUGGAAUUCAUAUCUAUGAGUUUUUACAGAAAAAGAAAUUUGAAAUUCUUUCUGAGGGUAGCCCUGACUAUCGCAGAUUUACUUAUUUUGUACAAAGUGAAGAAUUAGCGAAACAUUUGUUAUGGAUUUGUAGAACAACCCACCAUUUCCAUAUGGCUAAUCAAGGGAGAGUUGCAGAUUUGAAAAAGCUAGAACUUGAUGGUGGAAAACCAUAUAGAGAAGCUUAUAUAUACACCGACAAGUACGAUCAAGCUCAAGAGAAAAAGCAGAAUACUAUACCCAGAUGUAGAUCAAAAUCUAAAAUUGAAAAUUCUACUAUCAAUUUGAAUGGAAUUGAUGUGACUGUUGAUAACAGCCAGAAGUCUAAUGCCAUGAAAAUGACAGGAGUAUCCUGGACUAACGAGAAUGGUUUGAAUGGUGUUAAACUGGAUGACUUAAGCACAACUCAACAUCAUUCUAUGGAAGUUCUGCCUUUACUUAAUGGAAGUAAAUUUUCAAGUGAUCUCAAGUACAAAAGUCAGAGUAUACCAUGUUUUACAGAUCAUUCUCUAGCUCCUUAUUCUGAACCAGGGCAUAAUAUUAAUUCUAAUCAGAUGUGGAGCCCUUCCUCCAAAACUGGGACAGCAAUAACUACACCUUCUUCUACAUUAAUGUCAAGGAGUAGCUGUACAUCAAAUACGGACAGUAAUUGUAGCUCCUUGUCAUUAACUAGUGGCUCAACCCUGAAGGUUGGCAGUCUUACAUCUAAGUGCUCAAAUGAUGGUAAUCGAUGGGUAAAAUGUGAUUCUUUUGAAGAACUUCCUGUUAAAAACUCUACUGAAAAUAUCCCUCAGAAGUUAUGUAUAUCCACUUUUGUGGAUAAGCAUGUGCGUACAGCCAGUGUAUAUAAUGCAGUGACUCCCCAGAGAUCGAAUAUUGUCAAAUCUUUUCCAGCUACCUCAGGGAUGUAUAAUUUCCCCAAUAAUGCUCAACCAAGUCUUACAAAUGCCACCUCAUUACUCAUUAUUCCUACCACAGAUAAACCUACUGAUGUUAGGCGAACUCCAUCGUUCAAUGUGUGUUCUGAUUCUGUUCAAAACAAACAUUUAAUGAAGUCUCCUUAUAAAGUGAAAGCAAAGACAACAGUCACUAAACGAACUCCUUCGUUUAACGCUCAUGCGGUAGAUUCUCCUUCUAAAACUCCUUCUUAUGCUUCCUUAUCUCUAGAACCUCCCGUUAGUAUGAAAAAGAUUGAUGUCAAAAGAACUCCAUCUUUAAACUUGUGUGCAGUUCAGCCUGAUAUGAAAUCUGAAACAUUGAACCAAACUCAUUUACAUUUACAAACUAGUGCUCAACAUCGCAGGUAUACUGUGAAUGCUCAAACCCCUCACUCGAGAGCAGUUACCAGGAUAGGUGUGUCUUCUCUCAACCGAGACCAAAGACUUCCUUUAACCCUCUACAAUGACAGGCAAAUAAUUGCAUGUGGCUCUGAGCCUAAUCUAUACAUACCUGUUAAUGAAAGGAGUCCAACUAGGAAGCUGGGAUACUGUGAUGUUUCUAAGUCGCAAUAUCUUCAAAGGCAUCUAAACAGUCGCAGUGAAAUGAACCUUAAUGUGAUAGACUAUGCUCAACAGAAUCAAAAUGGUUUAAUUUCUCCACAUGGAGAAGCGGUUCGAUAUGAUUACGACUUCAGGAAUAGGCAGUUAUCUUUGCCUGAUGUUUGUAGUGAUAUUUUAGAAGCAGAUUUUCCAUGCAUCCCACCUCCUCCAGCUUACAGAAAUGAUAUUGUGAAUGGUGGAUCUGUUGCUCAACUUCCAAAUUUGGAAUUUAUAGUUUCUUCUAAUACUAAUAUGCAUAACAAUUCUGUAUUGAAUUCAAAUAUCUCUCAAUUAACUGAGAAAAGGAAAGAAUUACGAAAAAGUCCUACUCGGCCAGACGUGCUAGACAUUCAUCAACUGCGCCAAAGAAGCCGGGAUUUGGAUCUGCCUCUCAUAUCUGCCCUGUGUAACGACCGAUCUUUACUAAUGCUCCCUAAAACUGUUCCUACCUGUUCAAGACAAAGGCAUUUAGGCACAAAGGAUCCUAUGCGAUUCAACCGCACUACUUCCCUGCCAAAUGGCGAUGGCAUGGAUACAUUUUUAGUAAAUGCAGGUCGUCCUAUGAGCUGGCAUGUUGAUGCAAGCCAUGUACCUCAGUGGACGCAAGUGACAAAACCAUGUUCUGCUUCUUGGGACAACACUAUCACUUCCUACUCACCUCAAAACACAAUAGAAUCUCCGUUACCAUCAUCCCUUCCACCUACAAUAUUAACAUCAUUUGUAAAUACACCAGUUAAGCAAUACAGGUAUACCAGAGAUAGGAGUAACUCUUCCGAUAGUUAUAGGUAUGAUAAGAAUCAAAUGAUACCAACAAAACUGUUGUCUGGACCUCUGGGUGGCAUUCAAAAUACUAGAUUAUAUCCAAAAGGGUUAUCCUCCUGAUGCCUUAUCCUUGAAUACAAGAUAUAUUUUGCUCAAUUUUAUUAUCAUUUGUAUGUAUGUAUAUUGAAAGAUGUGUAUAUUUUUUUAUUAUAGAAAUUUUCACUGUGUGAAAGUAAUUUCAUUAUAAUAUUUAUAAAAAUAAUUAAAAAAAAGUGCUCCAUGAAUUUUAAUUUAACUGCCAUUGGAUUUUUCAAAAUUUAAUAUUGAUUUUUAUUUUCUCUAUAAAAAUAAUAAAACUUGCAUCCGUGAUUGUAUUUAAUGUCAUUUAAAUUAUAAAUCUGUCGGUUUUACUUUGAAUCUUAGUGCAAUGAAAUUUUCUGAUAAUUAGUUUUUGUAAAUUUAAUAUUCUGUAAUUUUGAAACUAAAUUUAAAUCACAGACAUUUGAACUUCUGAAGUAGUCAUUUAUUAUAAACAAGAUUCGCUUGAUAAAAUUUUUUAAUUUGUUAGUCAUAUCUUCACUUUAUUUUUUAAAAGGAAUAAAGUUAUGUAUGCUUGAAUUAAAAGUGAAACCUUUCCUUUUCUAAUCACUCUUUUUACAUUAAGAUUAAUAGGCAAUUUUAAAAGAGUUAAAUUUAUUUAUUGUUUUUUUUUGGUAUGCAUUUUGUGGGAAAAAUUUUAAUGUCUUAACUAAAAGCUUGUGUUAAGAUAAAUAUAAAUAUUACGAGCCCAAUAUAAAUUUUAAGAUUUUUCGAGGUCUUGUUCUAAUUUUAUCUAGUCUAUGUAGACUUGUGUAGAGCUGUACAAUCUGAAACAUAUAUUUUUAAAAUUUAUUUUAUGAAAUGCUUAGCAAUAUAAUUAUGAUAAUUUUUCAUGAGCAUUUAUACUUUUGAAAAUAACGUUUUCUGAAUAAUGGUUACUUUUAGAAUUGUGAGUUUUAACAUCCAGUCAUUGUAUAUAGUAAUUUUAUUUAAAUAUCCUUUGUUUAUAGUAUUUGUCUAAUAAAUUUUUUAUAUUAUUUUCUAA